GAUCUGCGGACAGGGUGCUAGCGACUUUUAUUCGCGUGUGGUUGUGGCUGUGGCUGUGGCUGUGGCUCAAGAACGUUCCGUCCAACAUUAUUGUUUUGGUGUUGUUCUGCUUCGGACGAUAGAGUGUUGGUGUUUCCAAGUGUUUUCAACUCGUGGGACGGUCAAAUAUUCGCUCCGAAUGUUAAAUGCCUGGAUUGAACGAUAGACAAGAAGCGAUAGGUUUUGCUAUCUAGAGUUAUGAAGAGAGUGACAAGACUUAUGCUCGAACCCAUUCCCUGCUGGUGGUCUCAUCGCAAAUCAGUUGCUGCUCUCACAGUAGGCUCGCUACGUACGGCGAGGAAAGACGUCACUUCAUUUGGUUCAAAGUAACUCUCGCAGGACUCCUCUCAGUAUCUUGUUCCAAGUUGGUGAGCUUUACGCAGAGGAUUAUCAUCUCAACUAUCAUGAUGAUGACGCGCGGCCAUAUCACGAACAUCCUGAUCUUACCAUUGCCGUUACACCUUUGUGUCUGCUUACAGCCAAGAAUCAUGUAAUUUAAAUCGGUACACGGCAAAGAUCAAGCUUCGGAGAAUGAAAGCUUUUCUAGCAUCUUGGCCCAGCUACUGCAGGAAAGCUUCAGUGCAGGGCCACAUCCCUUCUCCAUUAAAAUGAUAAGCUUUUCAUUCAGGUACAAUAAGUUCAAUCCCGCCAAUCAUGCUUUGACAAGGUGGUAGCAAAGAUGGGGAUCCAUGAUUUCCCCGCUCUACUACCUUCCUGAUUAGACAUCGGCACAAUAUACGAUAUCCAUCACUAUCAUUCUUAUCCGAUAUCGAACAUGGGAAGCUGCAGGAGGUGCUGCAUGUUAUCAUGUACAAUGAGACUCCAUCUCAAAGUUAUACGACCAAGUGGUCGAUCAACAGACAGGUUAAAAGGGCCAUUUCCCGCUCUUCCACCAUGAUGCUCUUCACGCUUCUGUCUUCUCUUUCAAGACUUCAAGAUGUUGGUGCCAGUAUCUGUUGUAUCUCUUGCCAUUGCAGCAAUUGCAAAUGCGGCCCCCUCCUCCGUUAAGCAUGUGGUGCACGAAAAGCGAAAUGCACCACCAUCGGAUUGGGUGAAGGGUUCCCGAUUGGAAGGAAGUGCAAUUGUGCCAAUGAGAAUUGGUUUGACCCAAACCAAUCUUGACAAUGGCUACGAAUAUCUUAUGGAGCUUUCUGAUCCAGAAUCUGCCAAUUAUGGUAAAUAUUGGUCCCCAAAAGAAGUUCACGACAAGUUCGCUCCUCCGGAAGAAACUCUCAAGUCGGUCAAAGCUUGGCUUGCUUCGUCCGGAAUCCAUGAUUCUCGAAUCUCUCAUUAUGAAAAUAAAGGGUGGUUAGCAUUUGAUGCUUCAGUCGAAGAAGCCGAACGAUUACUUAAAGCCGAGUUUCACGAACACGAACAUAAGCUUAGUUCAAGUGUUCGAGUCGGAUGUGAUGAAUAUCAUCUUCCAGAGCAUCUAGUACCACACAUUGAUUACAUCACGCCUGGUGUCAAGCUUUCACCCGUCAAGAAGAGGAGCGUGAAAACGAAGAGAUCUACACCUUACCUUUCCAAGAGAAAGAAUCGCCUUGCAAAGACCAGUCCACCUUCACAGACCUACGAAUGGACACCGCCUUCAGCUGCCAACCUUUCAAGUGACCUUCAAGGUUGUGGUUCAAAUAUGACACCCACUUGUAUCAAGGCCAUGUACAAAAUCCCCACUGCCACCCUGAAUGCUUCAGGUAACUCCCUCGGAUUAUACGAGCAAGGAGAUUACUUUGCCAAGUCAGAUCUCGAUCUCUUUUAUGCUGAGUACGCUCCUUGGGUUCCACAAGGAACCUACCCAAUUCCGGCACUGAUUGAUGGUGCGAAUUUCUCCGUACCGGACUACAGUGAACUAAAUGGAGGCGAGUCUGACAUCGAUAUUGAUAUGGCAUUUGCUCUUCUCUAUCCCCAGACUGUCACCCUCUACCAAGUGGACGAUCAAAUCUACGAACCAGAAGAGGUUGCCACAACCAACUUGUUCAAUACCUUCCUCGAUGCACUUGACGGAUCCUACUGCAGCUAUAGUGCAUAUGGAGAAACUGGAGACAACCCAUCAAUCGACCCAAUUUAUCCUAAUCCCCAACCUGGUGGAUACAACGGAACACGCCAAUGCGGAAUCUUCAAACCUACUAAGGUCAUUUCCGCAUCCUAUGGGCAAGCCGAAGCCGAUCUUCCAAUUGCCUAUACAAAACGUCAAUGCAACGAAUUUAUGAAACUCGGUCUUCAAGGCCACUCGAUUCUUACUGCAUCCGGUGAUUAUGGAGUCGCUUCCUUCCCUGGGGAUGGGGAUGCAAAUGGAUGUCUGGGCCCCGAAGGCACAAUCUUCAACCCCCAAUACCCAGGCAACUGCCCAUAUAUCACUUCUGUAGGCGGAACCAUGCUCUACGCCGACCAAACUGUCAACGAUGCCGAAUCCGUCAUGCACGUCGAUCUCGGUGGUAGCGCCUCAAACUUUACCAGCGCAGGCGGUUUCUCCAACUAUUUCCCCAUCCCAUCCUACCAAAAACAUGCAGUAGAAAAAUACUUCAAAACGGCUAAACUCACAUAUCCAUAUUACUCGGAACUCGAAGUCGACGUCAACACAACAAAGGGUAUCUACAACCGUAUCGGACGUGGUUACCCAGAUAUUGCCGCCAACGGCGCAGAAUUUAGAGCGUACACCAGUGGUCUCGAUUACCAUUGGUAUGGCUCGAGUCUUGCAUCUCCACUUUUCGCAUCGGUCUUUACGUUGAUCAACGAAGAGAGAUUCGCAAAGGGCAAGGGUCCAAUUGGAUUCGUCAACCCAACCCUUUAUAAAAACCCAGGAGCGAUGAAUGAUAUAGUUAACGGAACAAACGUUGGGUGUGGAACAGAGGGAUUUGCAGCGGUAGAGGGAUGGGACCCAGCGACCGGAUUGGGAACCCCAAAUUAUCCUAAGUUGUUGAAGUUGUUUUUGGAAUUGCCUUAGAUAUCUACGAACAAGGUCUUGAAGAGAAUUUGAGAGAAGUGGAUGGAGAAUAAAGAUAAUUGGAAGGUAUGUACUUAUCAAUGUAUGUACUUAUCUUAUGAAUUUAAUGAUAUGAUAUAUAGACCUGCAUGUAUAUGAGAUAAAUCAAUCACCUAGGGAAAGACA